AUGCCUCUGGAUCCUCGGCUUGAGGGCCUCUUUCGACGCCAGGUCAGCGCUGCCGCUGUUAAAGACCAGAGACGGAAACACGAGGACGAGACUAAGAAGCGUGCUAUUGUUUCUGCUUCCAACUAUGGAGAGUUCAAAGCCCUCGUAGACGGCUGUCACCUGAGGCCUCUUGCUAGAGACGACUUCAGCAAACAGGCAGAGAGGCAGCUCAACCCGCAUGCUGCUAGAGUGACUACUCUUGACUUAGCACCUGGAGCUUCCGAUCCAGACAGCAGCAACAGCAAAGCCACUGAUGAGAAUGCACAGAUACGCAAUCAAGCGCAACUAAGCAGACAGUGGCAGGCGCGCGACAAGGACCCAGAUGGACAGUGCAGUUGGCUGCUUGAGCAGCCACAGGAAGGGCUGCAACGCAUCUUUUCCGUCGACAUCGACCCUCAGCUCCUGCUGCAGCUUCUAAAGGCCCUUGCUUCUCACCUCUCCACCCUUGCAGCAUCUCGUUGCAACAGCUGCUGCUGUUGCUGCCAAACCCGCCAGGCAGCACCACCAGCGAAAACUGAAGCAAAGGCUCCUAAUGGAGUGGACGCUUCCGCUUUUUGUUGCAGAAUUGCAUAUCGCGUUUAUCUGACUGCAGGUUUUCUCACUUUCUUGUCUCAGCUGAAUGCAACAGCUAAGGGGGCCAGGCUACUCCUGCAGCAGGAGCUGCAACAAGUGACCUCAUCGUUUGAACAAUCUCUUGCCGCUCUCCACUCACCAGUGGUUCCUCCCACGGCUGCUAAAGCACCAAAUGCAGCGGUAGACGACUCCACCGAAACAGUGGCAAGUGAAAAGUGUGCUUGCUGCUGCGGCCGCCAACUGGCGGAAACGAAAGAAGAUACGACAGCGAAUGCAGCAACUGGUGAGGCAGCAGGUAGCUCCAACCAGGGAAGUACCACAGUUGCAGAGUGCUGUCAGACCCAGCAGGCUGUGAAAGCACUGCUGCAAACACUGGGGGCCCCAGAGCUGCGUCGGUGA